CGGAAGAUCGGGACUCAAAGGUUUGUCAAAGCCGAACCGGUUCAUGCUCUAUGGUGGAGAGCUCUUUUGGGCCGCAAGUUAUUAUGUUUGCAGCGCAACUUUCGGCUGGUGUGGGGGCGUCUUUGUUCAAAACCGUCGGCCCAGCGUAUUUGGACGAUAACACCAAACAAACUAAGACAGCAGGGAUGAUGAGUCUGAGCUAUUUACUCAGCGAAAUUAGUCCAUUUCUUAGUUUUCAACUCUCAGGUUACUGCCUAAAAAGAUAUGUCACUCCAUACAAAGAAACAAGGUUAAGCCCAACAGACCCAAAAUGGCUCGGAGCCUGGUGGAUGGGUUGGUUGGUCAUCGGAACCAUGACUGUCAUCGUAGGGUGCCUUUUAAGUCUUUUCCCGAAAAAAUUGCCCAGGGCUGCGGAGAGAAGGCAUUACGCUCUCACAAGGAGAGAGAAUUUUGCGGCAUCUACAAAUAAGAAUACAUCAAUUAAAGGUUUGAUCUCCACUUAUAAAAGGUUGUUAAAGCGACCUAUUGUCGUCUACUAUUACUUAGCAAAUAUAUUCUUUGUCUUCGGGUACCAUUCAUACAUCUACUACCUACCGAAAUACAUGAGGAAUAUUUUUAGUAUACCAAGCUCUACCGCAGCUACAUACGUAGGUAAUGUUGGUCUUACGUUCUGCGCGCCUGCUCUGCUACUGAGCGGGUUCAUUAUUUCAAAGUUUAAGCCCCGAGUAAGAUUGCUAUCUGCGUGGAAUGCUGUCUCCUAUUUCAUUAUCCUCGGUGGAAUACUCAGUUUACUGUUCAUAGGAUGUCCGGAAAAUGAAAUUAGUCUGAAAGCUGGUACAGAAGACAUCGCGAAUUUUACCACCUCUUGUAAUGCUGGAUGUCAUUGCGAUUACGUGGAAUUUUACCCUGUCUGCCAUGCCAUCACGGGCAACUCAUACAUCUCACCUUGUCACGCUGGUUGCAAAAAUGCCGAAUCUUCCAACGAGAAGUUCUCAGAUUGUACUUGUCAUUCAAAUUCAGUCAAAUCCGGAUUCAUGUCACUGAAUAAAGUGGAACAACUCCCAGACAAGUUUUCUGUUCGAACGGGAAUGUGUCCUGUUAACUGUCAGUCUAAUAUCUAUGCCUUUCUCGCAAUUUUCGGCCUCAUAAAAUUUGCGUAUGGAACCUCUAAAGUUUCCAGUUUCCUAAUAUCAGUCAGGAGUGUAGAGAAGCAAGAUAAAAGCAUUUUCAUGGGAUUGUUGAUAACUCUGAGUGCUCUCUUUGGUUACAUUCCUGGACCGAUCGUUUAUGGAAAACUCCUUGAUAGUGCAUGUUUAGUCGCAGGCAAAACUUGCGGAGGAGCAGGGAAUUGCUGGCUUUACGACAACAAACGUUUAGGAUUUCGUCUCACAGCAACGACCGCAGGUUAG